AUGCCAAGUGUGGAGAUAUUUACAGGUGUGGAGGCCAUGAUAGGUGUGAAAGCAUACAACGUGGGAGCAACAUCUGGGCUACGACAGGUACGACGACUUGACCCUGGGUACGACGACUUGACCCUUGAGUACGACGACUUGACCCUGGGCACACGACUUCACCCGCCAGGCGACGACUUCACCUUAGUACGACGACUUCACCCACUGAAUGAAGCCACAAUACUCGUGGGACUUAACUCAUGUGUGACCAAGAGCCACUUAUGGAACAAGAGAGACAGGAACAAGAGACAGGAACAAGACAGACAGAAACAAGAGAGACAGGAACAGGAGAGACAGGAACAAGGGAGACAGCAACAAGACAGACAGAAACAAGAGAGACAGGAACAAGGGAGACAGGAACAAGAGAGACAGGAACAAGACAGACAGGAACAAGAGAGACAGGAACAAGACAGACAGAAACAAGAGAGACAGGAACAAGACAGACAGAAACAAGAGAGACAGGAACAAGACAGACAGAAACAAGAGAGAGAACAAGACAGACAGAAACAAGAGAGACAGGAACAAGACAGACAGGAACAAGAGAGACAGGAACAAGAGAGACAGGAACAAGACAGACAGGAACAAGAGAGACAGGAACAAGACAGACAGAAACAAGAGAUCAAAGGACAGACGGGACACAGUAGCCCUCAGCCUUAG